AUGGAGCGUGUUGUGAAUCCAGGACCGUUUGAUCGUACACUUCUUCUCUCUCAGCAUGAGCAUAAAUUAGAAUUGUUAUGGAAAGAUGAGAUAUCAUGUAGUAGCCUUAUGAGGACGGUGUGCAUGAAUGAUGCUUGGAAUUUAUUUCGUUUGCAUCGACCUCAUGGACGUGUUGAGGAGAUCUUACGUAGGUCAGGACUGUAUGAUGUAGUUUGUGUGGGUAGGAUGCAGUAUGACCGUGCCCUUGUUACAACUAUGGUUGAGCGUUGCAGGCCAGAGACUCAUUGUUUCCACUUACCUUUUGGUGAGGUCACGAUUACAUUACAUGAUGUGCAGGUCUUGUUUGGUUUGCGCAUCGAUGGUGAUGUUGUGUACAUGCAGGAUGUUGCACGGAGGAUUCGUCCAUGGCUUACUUUAUUAGAAACACUCACAGGAUGUGCCAUAGCACCUGCUGAUAUGGAUGGUGCGAGUCGGGUGAGGAUACAUAGCAUUACCGGCUACUUGCGAGAUCAGUUACAAGUAGAUCCGAUAAGAGAUGCUACUCUAGUGGAACGAGUUGAGAAAAUUUCUAGACUUUGCAUGCUUGUUAUAUUGGGGGGCAUCUUAUUUUCGAACACGUCGGGGAACCUUAUUAGCUUACAAUACUUAGUGUUCCUAGAUCCCAUCCACGACGUAGGUAAGUACAGUUGGGGCAGUGCAGUAUUGGCCUACUUGUACCGUGCACUUUGUCGGGCAUCUAUCGGUAAUGUGGUUGACAUUUGCGGAUUUAUUCCUCUCAUUCAGUUUCGAUGGACAUCGUAUAAUGAGAUUUUACAUACACUGCCUCGUUGUUGUACGGUAGAUGAGCCUUUAUGGAUGGCAUGUGUUCCUAUGCUUUGCCUAGAGAUUGUUGAAGUGCACGCACCUGAUAGAGUGAUGCGUCAGUUUGGUUGUCCCCAACAUGUACCUGCGAUUCCUAGUUGGGGAACCAACCACCACGUGCAUGAUCAACGUAUGAGGCUUGGAUCGGAGGUUCUUGACAUGUUGGAUAAAUAUUUUCGUGAUUGGGGUAAUCGACAUCAGAGUUUAGCGGGUUGA